AAAGACUUAAACGAUGACGAUUUUUUCUGGGUAUCUGGCAAUUUCGAAGACCACCAAGCCCAGAUCCCAGGCCACAGUAUAAACUGGAAGAAAGGAACCCCCGGUAUAAUUACCUCGGCUUCUUUGCGUGCCUCCAUUUAUUUCGAUUUCCUGUUUCUGAACCGAACUGACAGUUGUCUUCUUUAUGCAGAUUCAGCCCAUCUCAAGUCACUGUACAACUAUCCCAAUCUAAACACACUUCGCGCCGCACUUCGAUAUUCUGAAAGAAGUUGGGCUAGGCUGUUGAAUUUUGAACUGACGUACAGAUACAGCAGUCGACGAAAAGCCAGAGUAACAGAUUUUUUGCUAGAGGCCUCUCUUGAACCGGACUCGACCUUGCCACAAAUCAUCCUAGUCCGUACUACUGCUGAAGAAGAAAUGGCGAAGAGGAACAAAGUGAGGGCCCUCCUAACUGAAACACAUCCAGCCGAAGUACCACCAACCACCCAGACUCAAGAGACCGUGGUGGCUCUUCCAUCUCAACAACCCUCUUCAUCACGCCCAAGCAAGCGCGCCCGGACUACCCGAACCGAGCAACGCCUUGCUGAUGAAGAUGAAGUCAGUCUUCCACAAAGCCCUCCACCAAGUCCAUAACCGGAGUGUGCCAACCGAGCUAGCUCCUCCAAAUGGUCUCCAAAAAUGACUUUCCAAAACCGUGCUAUUUGUGAUACUGACUCUGUGGUGGCUGACAAAGACCAUAUGCUGGCCUUCAACCUGGCUAAGAGCGUAUGUCUGCCCCCUGACAUGGAGCAUCACAAGCAGUUGACCGAGCUCAAGGCCAUCCGGUCGGCAACAAAAUCAAUGAUCCUAGCCAUACAAAAGAGUCAAAUUGCGCACAAGCGUGUGUUGGAGCUUCGCAAAAUAGCUAGGCAAGCCAUGGCCGAAGCUGAAGAAAAAACCACCAAACUAAAAGAAUCCAAACAGAAGACAGCCGAGCUAAAGGCCGAGGUAGCUCGUCUGACCGGACUAGUUACCUCGGCUAAUGCUGAAAAACAGAAGGCACUGACCGUGAUGAAGGACAAGUACCUUCGCGAGCUAGUCAAGCUCGAAGGAAAGAAAAAUGCAGAGAUAGCUGAGCUAACUAAGAAGGUGAAUGAUGCAAAUGCUGAAGGCUUCAAGGAAGGGGAGACCCUCUACAUGCAACAAUGUGAGGCCGCUAAAGAUCUUUUCUUUAAAUGCGAUUGGAGGGCAGUCGUGGUGCAGCUCGGUUGUGAACCUGAGACCGAGGUCUACAAUCCUCCUUAGUACUUCAUACCGAGCUCACUGGCGGAGUACGCUGCAUCCGUUCAACAACAGUUUCUACAAGGUUCAGAUGAUGAUGAAGACACCGAGACCAAUAAUACCCCGGUCGUCAAUGAUCAAGCCAACGAUCAAUUAGCUCUGUUGGAGCCAACAGUUGAAGACCUGACGACUGAAAUCGUGCUUCCAAUAGACGCCGAGCUCCCAACCAAGACCAAUCUACCGUCUGAAGCCGGUCUUCGUGUUGACAUUGAUACUGAUCUUGAUGAUCUGUUCAACUGAUUCUGUACUUUCUUUUCUUGUUGCUUGUUUUUUUUUUUUUCUUUCUUCUUUUGGUCUUGUAACCAGGCUGAGGCCCCUCCUUUGUAUUUACUUUGAAUUUGAUCAAUGAAAUCAUCUUUUGUAUUCAACACUUAUUACGAUUUGAUCUGUAUGCUUGCACUUGUAAUGAGUUUUUCAAUGAAUUCUUUUGCUCCAACUAUUAUCUUGGUUUACUUUCCUGUUUGUGCUUUGCUUUCUAACUGCAACUUGAACGAAACACAAUAUUUUUUGGCCGAGAUACUUUAUUCCGGUCUUAGCUGAGCAAUCUGACUGAGCAUACUAGCCAACCACUC